AUGUUACAAUUAAGCACAUUCGGAUGUCGACGAGUCAACGAUUCAGAUGGAAAACUAGCGACUGAAUCUGCACCUCCAGGUAUGAAUUCAAUAACAAAUACAGUUGGUAUGCGCCCAAGUAAAAAUCAAAUAUCAUCACCAAUUGAUUUAUCACAUGUACAACAAAAUAGUUGUCAUGAACUUGGCUGUACUGCUGAUCAUAGUGGAAAACCACAUGAAUAA